AUCUAAUCCAACGGUUGAGAGUAGUUUCUGUAUUAAUCCAAAGGUUGUGGUCUCCUGCCAUUAAACUCGGUAAAGCAGACGAAGAUACAACUCUGCCUACAACCUUAAAGACAGGGAGGCUGAACAAAAAACAAACACAACUUUGUUUCGAUUCACAACAUCUGUGUGUUCUACUCCUCCUCCGAUUUCAUACGUAUUGAAUCUGGCGUGGAAGCUUCUAAGUACAAAGCUUUUGUUUUGUUCUAGCUGAGUUAAGUGGAAGAGAGAGAGAGAGAGAGAGAGCUAAAAGGACACGACUUUGUUGUUGUUGAAGUCUUAUGGGUACCUAGGAGAAGAAGGGACUUGUUGUUGUGGCAGGCAAGGAUCAGAUGCAUACUACCUCCAUCCCCGCUGGUGACCUUGAAAAGCAGCAGGACAAGGCUCCCGAGAAGCAGAGCGAGUCAGUAAAUGAGUCUGCCACGGAGGUAAACCUCACCAUUGUUGUCUGCAAUGGAGAUUCAAGUGGGGCACAUGAAACCGUAGAGGUGGCUCAGAUCUAUGGCCCAGCUGAGAGGGAAGAGUCUCCCAAAAAGGUUUGCUUGUCCAGGAACUCCAGCUCUCACGAGCAGUGUAGGGUUUGUCAGCAAGAGAAGGAAGAGGCUUUGAUCGAACUGGGGUGCCUAUGUCGUGGUGGCCUUGCUAAAUCCCAUAGGUCAUGCAUAGAUGCUUGGUUUCGCACAAAAGGCUCUAAUCAGUGCGAGAUCUGCCAGGCAGUGGCUGCCAACGUACCACCUCCAGAGACCCAACCAACUACAAAUUACUGGGUUUGGAGGAUUGAUCCAAGCUAUAGACAAGAGCAGCGGGAGAGAGGAUGUUUCAGUCCUCUGUGGGUAGCAUUCUCAAUUCUGAUAGGCGGUCUAAUGCUAGAUGUGUUAAUAUCCAUCACACUUGGUGUGUCUGCACUCCCGGUUAACAUAAUAAUCGGAGUGAUAGUGGUGCUAGGGCUAGGAACAGCACUAAGGCUGACAUUGGAGUUCUGCUACGAGUGGAGCUUGAGAAGAGCGGUUCAGAGGGCAGUGCAGAGGAGAGAAACAGCCUUUAAUAACAUUGCAUACCCAUCUGCCUUGUAAGAGACUAAUGUCAAGUUGGAAGUAUCUUGUGUGUGUUAGUGUGUAUGUAAAAAAGUUGUGUGAAACAAGUGUGAUUGUUUUACAUGCAUUGCUGAAUUUGUUGGGAGCAUCAACUUUCUGUAGCUCCAAACGUUUACAAAAUUAGUGUUAACCCCCAACACGUUCAGAAAUU